CCAACAAGAAAAGAGGUGAGGGAAAGCCCCCACCAGACUUCCAAUGGCCUCUCAUCAAGUUUGCUCUCUAGAGCCUUGUAAAAUCGCGCCCAGAAAGCCAGUGGAGAUCAUUUUUCAAAAAGAUCACUUUCUAUUUCUUCCUCCCCCCUCCUUUUCCUAAGUUGUAACGUCCCUUUUUUUUCUUAAUGCCUUCUUCCCUCCGUGAGGCUUCCCGCUCCUCCCAGACCCCUUAAGGCCCCCGCCUGAGUGCCUGCAGGAACCGCCAACACCCCCAAUCCCACAUUUUGCAACCGCACGCGUUUCCGGAUUUUUCACUUCCUCCGCCCCCUGCCGAACUACAGGUGGGUAGUGAGACCGGAGGCGGGGGAGCAACAGAACAAAGAAACCAGGGAGCCCCUACCCCAGGCCGGGCGCCCCAUCUGCAGCCUCAGACCAGCCGGAGAACAAGAGGGGCUCACCAACCGUGAACCCCCCCACCCUGGGGUCUCAUGCCACUUUGCAGAGGCCGGCAGCUGGAGGCCGCGUGGGAGGUGGGUGCUGCCCCCGAGCAAUAGAUAGACCUCCACGCAAGAGGCCUAAGUGGCAGUGGACGCCAACAGCCUCCACGCAUUGGGCUCCGUCAUUUCAUCAGCAGUUUCAGAAAAACCUUCCAAAAGCAGUUACGCCUCACUGCAAUGUGUAGCUUUUUCCUGCCAUUUUUUUUUAUAAUAAAAGAGGGAGUGAAGCUCGCUCGCUCUCUCCCCCUCCACCCCCCUCUCCCAAAAAGAGCCAAAUGGAUACGAGAAGGAAGGGGGAAAAAAAAAAAAAAACCCACACACCAAUCUCCGAGGGGAUGCCAUUGAGGUGUGGCUUGUAUUUAAAUAUCCAAUAUGUCAAUGUAAGGGGAGUGGGUAUGUAUAUAAAGUGCCGUUUGCAUCUGAUAGCUCCACGAAGCCAGCUAUGAGAGGCUUGGGGAGAUGGAUGAGGAGGGGAAGCGGCGCUUUGACUGAAAGCAAGGUCAGGAGCGCGCUGCCCCACGCUCCCCGCCGCUGAGAAGUUCCUUGGACGGGAACAGACGUCGACUGCAGCUCGGCAGAGCGCGGAGCUAGCGAGCGCCGCCGAGUCGCCUGCGCCCGCGGCGGAGAGAAGCAGUUCGCGCCCCGCGGCCCCGGCUCGGCCCCGCAAGCCCAGCCAUGGCGGAGGUGGGGGGGGUCUUCGCCUCCUUGGACUGGGAUCUGCACGGCUUCUCCUCGUCUCUGGGGAGUGUGCCUUUAGCUGAUUCCCCGGGUUUCCUGAACGAGCGCCUGGGCCAGAUCGAGGGGAAGCUGCAGCGCGGUUCGCCCACCGACUUCGCCCACCUGAAGGGGAUCCUGCGACGCCGCCAGCUGUACUGCCGCACCGGCUUCCACUUGGAGAUCUUCCCCAACGGCACGGUGCAUGGCACCCGCCACGACCACAGCCGCUUCGGAAUCCUGGAGUUUAUCAGCCUGGCUGUGGGACUGAUCAGCAUCCGAGGAGUGGAGUCUGGCCUGUACUUAGGAAUGAAUGAACGAGGAGAACUCUAUGGGUCGAAGAAACUCACACGUGAAUGUGUUUUCCGGGAACAGUUUGAAGAAAACUGGUACAACACCUAUGCCUCCACCUUGUACAAACACUCGGACUCGGAGAGACAGUAUUAUGUGGCCCUGAAUAAAGAUGGCUCACCCCGGGAGGGAUACAGGACUAAACGACACCAGAAAUUCACUCACUUUUUACCCAGGCCAGUAGAUCCUUCUAAGUUGCCCUCCAUGCCCAGAGAUCUCUUCCGCUAUAGGUAACAGACCCCUUGUGUGACCUCUGUGACCCAUAUACUCUGGGGCCGCGGUUGUCUCUGGAAGCACUAUACUCAUAGCUUUUCAAUCCUCUUUCCUAUCAAUUUAGAUAACAGAGAAGCACUUACUGUUCAACUAGACCCAUGUUCCCUUGUUGUUCAAAGUGUAUAUCAAGGUUGGGUUAUUUUGGGGAGGGAUGUGGGGGAGGGGGAGGGCUAGAGGUAAUCUUGUAUAUAUUUUUUCUUUACUCAUGUUCUUUCCCCUGAGGUGGCACGAGAAGGAAUGGGGGCCCCCCUGCCAAGAGCCAGGGGUGUCUAGCCCCAUAAUCUACCCAAAUAUCUUGACAAUGGGUAAAUGAAAGACCAAGGAAUCUGUCAUUGAUGCUACCUACAGAGAUUUGGAAAAUUCUCGAUAAGAAAAUCCUUGGGGCUACAGCCCUGCUGCAGCCAUUCCUGUAUUGGCUCUGCACAUUUCUCAUCUGUCCUGACAUGCAGUUUUCCUGCCAUUGGAAGUGGGAGAUGGGGUAGGUUGUAAGAAAAUGAUAUUAAAAUGUAAGCAUGGAUACUGUGCAUAAGGACAAACUAUUUAUGAAAUGUAUAUGCUAUUUAUUUUAUAUAUUUAUUUAUUUCAAAAUAAUUUUAUUUUUAAUGAGAGAUGCUAUGACUGGAUUUUCAUCAGAAAGAAUAAGGUCCUACUGAAACAGGAUAAAUGAGUUAUUAAAGGCUUUUAUUGGCAAUAAAAUUGUCUUUAUAUUGUAA